GAGGGAGGGCAGGAGGAAGCCGGGGAGUUUGCGACAGUGCUGCUGGGUUAAUUAGGGGGAAGGCAGGAACUUGCAGCACUAGCCCCAGUGGAAGCAGCAGCAGGAGCUGCUUUGAUUUCAAUGGGGCUCUGCAUGGGAAAAAGGAAUCCCUCUGGCUUUGGAUUUGUUCUUGGCGGAGGCAUCAGAACCAAGAUUGGCUUUGGUUUAAAGAAACCCAAGGCUGGCCUCCCAGGAUUUCAGUUCUUGGCAGGACUAAGAAACCAGUUAUGUUGACUGUUGAGUCCCUGUUGACUGCAAAUCCUGGGCACCCCUGCUUUUGGAUCAUCGCUUUCAGUCUGCUGAUCAUGAGGAAGAAAGCUGAGGCGUGGUGGCAAGGCUUGGAUUUCUGGCUUUGAGUCGCAAAUCGUCCGUCGGGUCUGGCGCUCGAGGAGAGAUGCAUGAAUAAACUCUUCACUCCGCCUGGUGCUACAUCUGUGCUGUGAGCUUCAGGCAUCUUUCAAACAAGGGAUGGCUUUGUUCUGAGAGCAUCUGCCUAUGUGGGAAAGAGCAAAUUAAAUAAGAGAAAGAUUGAACUUGAGAGAAGGUUUGGGGAAAUAAUGGAGGACUUCACUACCAGGACCUAUGGAACCAGAGGCCUGGACAACAGGCCUCUCUUUGGAGAAACGUCACCAAGGGAUAGAAUAAUCAAUUUAGCUGUUGGCAGUGUAACAUCCUUGCUGCUUACAGUCACUCUAAUCAGUGCUUUUGUGUUUCCUCAACUACCUCCAAAACCAGUGAAUAUAUUUUUUGCUUUCUGCAUCUCCUUGUGUAGUGUUUCGGCUGGCAUUCUUAUCUACUGGUAUCGACAAGGAGACCUGGAACCUAAAUUUAGGAAUCUAAUUUACUACAGCUUGUUCUCUAUUGUUAUGUUAUGUAUAUGUGCCAACCUCUACUUCCAUGAAGUAGGGAAAUGACUGUCAUCCAGUAUAU